UACCACGUGACACGUGUCAGUUGUGUUACGCGUCAGCGGAAGUAGUUUUUCAGUUUUUAUUACUCGCUGCAUCUGCAAUUAAACCAGUGUUUAAGGAAGACGGCUGCAUGAAUGGCGGCUGUAGAUGAUUUGCAGUUUCAAGAGUUUGAUGAUGCAGAAAAUUUGUUAGCUGUUAAUCGUGACGCCACAACCAUUAGCAUUGGUGAUUCACAUGAAAAUUCUAAAAAACAGCGCAAAUCUUUCAGGAACGUUCCAAAAGAUGAAGACGAUGAUCUUCUUGGCAAUGAAGAGUCUGACAAAACUGAAUUACUUGCCGGUCAAAGGAAAAGUGCCCCCUUUUGGACAUUUGAAUACUAUCAGACAUUAUUUGAUGUCGAUACAUAUCAGGUCUUAGAUAGAAUAAAAGGAUCUGUUUUGCCAAUACCUGGUAAAAACUUUGUUCGCCUGUACAUCCGCAGUAAUCCAGAUCUGUACGGUCCUUUCUGGAUUUGUGCCACAUUAGUAUUUGCCAUUGCCAUUAGUGGAAAUAUUUCAAAUUUCAUUUUACAUGUUGGUGGACCCACAUACCAUUAUGUGCCUGAAUUUAGAAAAGUAACCAUUGCUGCAACCGCUAUCUACUGCUAUGCAUGGCUUGUUCCCCUUGCACUGUGGGGUUUUCUGAUGUGGAGAAACAGCAAAGUCAUGAACAUAGUCUGUUAUUCCUUUCUGGAGAUCGUGUGUGUCUAUGGAUAUUCACUGUUUAUUUAUAUCCCUACAGCAGUAUUGUGGAUUAUACCCCUUGAAUGGCUGAGAUGGGUUUCUGUUGUAUGUGCCAUGUGUCUGUCAGGAUCAGUUUUAGUAUUGACAUUUUGGCCUGCUGUUCGUGAUGAUCAACGGCGAAUUGCUAUUGCUACUGUGUCAGCCAUUGUAAUUCUUCAUGCCCUUCUGGCUAUUGGCUGUAAGACAUAUUUUUUUGAUCUCCCUGAAGCUGGUAAUCAGAUUCAGUCUCCUCUUCCCUCAACAAGUAAUGUGACAAUAAAAACUGCGAGUCAGAAAACAUAAACGGUUUAGGUUCCAGAGAUGGUUGCCUUAAUUUAGGGAAAAAAUAAGAAGGGUUACGUGGUAGAUACCUGUUUGGAUUGAUGCCAUCAAUGGAAAUUGAACAUGGCAUUAGAGCAGAUAAAUUACAUUUAUAGCAUUAUCCAAAUUACAAUAUUAGGACAGUUUUGAGAAGAAAAGGCCAUCCAACCUAACAAACUUUCUCAGUCCUUUCACCAGUUUCUCCAAAAUAACAUCAAGUGGAGGUUUGAAGGUCCUUAAAGACUACUACCUACCACACCACUUGGUAACUUUUUCCAUGUGUCUGUGGUUGCAUUUGAUAUAUAAUUGUAUAAACUCAUUGUAAAAGAAACAUUAAAUGCAUUUUUGAUUAUUUAUUAUGUGAUAUAAAGUAUAUUUUAGCCAAAUUGUUUUGUACAAAUUAUGUUACACAGCAAGCUCAACUGUAAUAAAUAUGUAUUGUACUACACUUCCAUAUAUCAUGACUUCUUGUAUUUUUGACUGUAUUGUUUAUUUCAUGUGUAUAUCUUUAGUUCAUGCAAUUAAAGUUUUUUUUCUUAA